AUGGCAGCAGCUGAGGAUUCAAAAAAGAGUUUGGUAUACUUUGACAUUUCUUGCAAUGGUAAGCCAAAGGGAAGAGUAAUCUUCAAAUUGUAUGAUGAGGUGGUACCCAAAACCACCAAGAACUUUAGAGAGUUGUGUACUGGUGAACAUGGUGUCUCCAAGAUAUCAGGAAAGCCAUUGACAUACAAAGACUCGAUAUUUCAUCGUGUGAUUAAAGACUUUAUGUGUCAGGGAGGUGAUUUUACCCAUGGUACUGGCAUUGGAGGUGAGUCAAUAUAUGGGGAAAAGUUUGAAGAUGAAAAUUUUGAAAAGCUUCAUGACAAACCUUUCUUGCUAUCCAUGGCGAACUCUGGGCCUAACACCAAUGGGUCACAAUUUUUCAUCACUACGGUUCCAACGCCUCACUUGAAUGGUAAACAUGUGGUCUUUGGCGAGGUAGUACAGGGUAAAUCGAUUGUACGUCAAUUGGAGAGAAGUGACAAGGACUCGGGAGAUAAACCAGUGGACGAAUGGAAAAUAGCCGAUUGCGGUGCGUUGGGCGAAGGUUAUGAGUUGAAUCCAGCUGAUCAAGACGAUGGCACUGGCGAUAUCUACGAAGAAGUCUUGCAUGAUAAUGAUGUCAAGGAUAUUGACGUCAACGAUCCUCAAUCGGUAUUCAAUGCCAUUACGAGAGUCAAAGAUAUUGGCACCAAGUUGUUGAAGGAAGGCAAGUUAAACAAGGCGUAUGAGAAGUACGCUAAGGCCAUUGGCUUUGCUAACGAUUACUUCCCCGAAGAGUUAUCUGAAGCCGAUGUUUCAGAGUUGAACAAGUUGAAAAUCUCAUGUAGCUUAAACUCGGCGCUUGUUGCAUUGAAAUUGAAAGAAGGUAAAAAGGCAAUCAAAGCCGCAGAUGAAGCAUUGGGAGUGGAUUCCAUCGAUGACAAGUCAAAAGCCAAAGCUUUGUACAGGAAAGGCCUGGGUUAUUUGUUAGCUAAAGACGAGGAGACUGCACAAAGGAACUUCGAAGAGGCAUUGAAGUUGGAGCCUACUGAUGCUGCCAUCCAAAAAGGUCUUCAAGAUGUAAAGGCUCAAAUUAAGGCCAGAAAGGAAAAGCAAAAGAAAGCAAUGUCAAAAUUUUUCAAAUGA